GCCGUAGACGUUGCUUGUUUUCACUGCAGCUGCUAGAGGGAAAGCAUUAUGGCGUCUGUGGCUGAUUUGAAAACCGUCCUUACAGAUACAUUGGACAAGAGAGGUGUAAUAGGACAGCUCAAAGCACAGAUCCGUGCUGAAGUUUUUGCAGCUUUGGAUGAUCAGAGUGAGCCACGGCCUGUAUUGUCACAUGAGAAUCUUCUCAUAAAUGAAAUGAUCAGGGAAUAUUUGGACUUCAACAAAUACAAAUACUCAUCAUCUGUCCUGACUGCAGAAACUGGACUGUCUGAUAUUCCGCUUGAUAGAUCUUUUCUUGCCCGGGAGCUUAAAUUUGUAGAAGACGCAAAUGCUCAGUCUGUGCCAAUACUAUAUGGGAUACUCUCACACUUUUUAUAUGGACACAGAGUUGCUCCUUGUCACUCAGUGCUAGAAUGGUCAUCAGAGAACCCUACACAGAGACAUUUUGAAGGUACUGCAAACCGAAUUAUGAAAGUAGAUGCAGAUAGCUGCACCUACUACAAGCGAUCUAGAGACAGCAUUCCACACAGAGAUGUAAAGUCGCAAAAUAGCCAACUUCAGUGUGGCUCUCGAAGCUCAGAGGUAACAUAG